UGCAAUUGAUCUCUAGGAAUUUCUAGAAUUUCCAUUUUAGGGCAAAAAUUUCAAGUGUUGCGGACUGGGCGAUUUGAUUUGCGAGGCAGCGAGCUGCUCUGCUCCACACUCAAUCGAAAGCAGAGGCCAGAGAGUGUCGCCCUGUAGAGCUCGGUAUGCACGCAGCUCCUAUAGGCUUUAGGCCUCUUCGUCGGAUUCUAUGUAAGCUUGCUGGGCAGCUGGGCUGGGCAUUCGUGGAUGGAAUCCGAUGGAUGGAUCUCUCCAUAGCAGCAGGAGAACAGCAAAGCAGUGGAGAUGCAGUGGCGAUAGCGAUAGCCACUGCAGCAUCAGAAAUCUAGCGCGAUCACCAUUUUUUUUUUGCCGAACGGAAUACCGAACGGAGCUGUCCGACCGUGUUCGGCCGACCGCGUUCGGCGGCGGUCGGGAUUUCGGCCGAACGCGUUCGGGACCAACCAUGGUCAUGCCCAGAAGGUUCUACAAGUUUGACUAAUGGCUCCGUUGAUUCCAACACGAGAUGAUAGAAAGGGACCGAAAGACUCGCUCUUCACUUGAAUGUGUCACGUCCAGCGUAGGUCUCUCGACCCAUCUCGCGAUUCAGCAUUGGAAAUGCGGUAGUUUCUAGCAGAUGAUUAUCCCUUUCCAAUGUAGAAAGCGGUGGCUUCUUGUGACUUUGUGUGCCUUCCUUAUGCUCCAAAGCUUCGAGCCUGGUGCUGCAUCCGUUGAAGAAGGGGACGAGCUGCGUUUCUUUAAGAGGAGUUUGGGAGAUCCGGAAGUUUUGGAGAGCUGGAGGGAAGAAAGCGAUCCAUGCCGAAGCCGUUGGUAUGGAGUCACUUGCUCAAACACCAGCAGCGUGACUGAACUAGAUCUGAGUAAUCUACUUUUACAAGGCAGCUUGGCAUCAGGCACUUUUGCAAAACUUCCAGGCGUAACGAAGCUGGUUUUAGCUAACAAUAGCUUCACAGGAGACAUUCCAGAUAGUUUAUUUGGUCUGUCAAAUCUCACUCACUUAGAUGUUUCGUACAACCUUUUCUCAGGAAUGCUUGGUAGUGGAUUUGAACAUCUAACUAAACUACAGAUACUGUCCCUUACUGGAAACCCGUUUAAUACGGGGACACAACUUGACUUCAGAGAGCUUAUAGAGCUUGAAUAUGUGCUGUUGGGUGGCUGUGGCUUUACACAAAGCCUUCCACCAGGAAUUUUUCUGCUACCAAAACUAUAUGCUUUGGACUUGGAAGGCAACUCGUUCAGUGGAGCACUGACUGAUGAGAUCCGGCAAACAACAAGUCCCUUGACCGUGUUGGGGCUUCAAAACAGUGGGAUUUCUGUUGAUCUCAACCCCACCACCAUCCGCUAUUUCCAAAACCUCCGCUAUCUGUCCUUACCUGAAGACGUGAUAAAAUAUGUCCCUACUGUGCUUCAAGGAAGGUUGCCAAGUAUCCAGAAUUCUUUAUGCAUGUACGUAACAUGGAUCAAAUGCGAAACUCCGUCCCACGCGAAACCGAAAGCUUCAGAUGAACCAGCUCCUCCACCUGGAGCACCGAAAAGCAAAAACACCGCAGCUAUUAUAGGCGGUGUUGUCGGAGGGGCUGCAUUUUUUAUCGCAAGCUCUUGUCUGGCGAUUUAUUGCAUACUAGCGAGGCGCCAGAAAUGUGUAGUGACAGACUUUACUGUGAAGGCAGGAUUGGAGCUAGAAGUUGUCACGAGUUCUCAAUCUUUUGUCGUUGCUCACGCUUUCACUUAUGCGGAACUCGAGCAAGCUACCGAUAAAUUUAACAUGAGAAACCUGGUUGGGGAAGGCAGCUUUGGUCAAGUGUUUCGGGGGAUCCUCACGAAUGGCAAGGUGGUUGCUAUCAAAAGAAUGGAUACAUUUGCUGGUCAGUGCGCGGAGGCAGAGAAAGAGUUUCGUAUCGAGGUUGAUUUGCUUAGCCGUAUGAACCAUCCGCACCUGGUGAGGCUGUUUGGCUACUGUGCGGACGGGAGUCAAAGAUUGAUUGUCUACGAGUUCAUGUCUAAUGGUUCACUUGAGAGCUACUUUGCAGGUCGAUGCUUAUAUAGGAGUGGAUUCAAACUAGAUUUUCGGAGGCGACUGCUAAUCUCUUUGGGUUGUGCCAAAGGCUUAGCUUUCCUGCACGCUGGAGGAGAGGAUGGCGAUCCUAUUGUUCACCGCGACUUCAAGUCUUCAAACAUUCUUCUCGAUUCUUACUUCUCCGCUAAGAUAUCCGACUUUGGAUUUGCCAAGCUUCUUCAAAGGAACCAAAGCCAUGCCAGCACCCGCGUGAUUGGAACAUUUGGCUACUUCGAUCCACACUACACGGCAACCGGGCGACUCACCGUGAAAGCGGAUGUGUACAGUUUCGGCGUGGUACUCUUGCAGCUACUCACUGGGAAGCCUGCGGUGGUUUCAUUUGGAGGGGAUGACGUUCCACAAAACAUAGUGUCUUGGGCGGAGCCUUGUCUCAAUGACAAGAGAAAGCUCAGGAGGAUUUUGGACAAAGAUUUGGGCUCUACUUACCCACCAAAGUGUGCUCACAAGCUCGCUCUUUUGGCAUCGUGCUGCCUGAGAGAGAACGCGGAGGCGAGGCCAAGCAUGGCUCAGUGCGUACAAACGAUCGAAGAAAUUCUCGUGGAGUGCGCAAUGCACCUCGAAAACGUGUAAAGAACAGUUCCACAGCAUCAGAAUGCACAGUUCGCAGCUCAUUCCCUGGGGGAAGGACAAAAUGUACGAGAGAUAAUCAUCUGCGAAAUUAAAGGUAGAACCAAAGAGAGAAUUUUGAUCUGAA